UCGUAAACACCGAGAACUGGCACAGGAUUGAAAGAGCAUGAAGUGUUUCCUCGUUGGUCUGUUCGGUCUCGUGACCCUGACGUCAGCUCUGCCGUUGACGUCACUUCAGCAAGAUUUCGCCGAAUACUUUGCUGAUCUAAUCAACCGGAUUAACGCCUUGAAUGCCACCUGGAAGGCCGGCCCAAACUUCGCCGGAGAAACCGUCCAGUCAGUGUUGGACCGCAUCGGCCCGGCCGAGGUAGACUUUCCGCCGCCGGAGGAGAAACCUUCACUGCCUGCAGUUGUCCACGACGUUGAUAUACCUAAAGAGUUUGACGCUCGCAAGAAUUGGCCCCAAUGUCCAUCCAUCGGCCGCAUCUCGGACCAAGGGCGCUGCCGUUCGUACUGGGCUUUUGCUGCGGUGGGGAUGAUUGACGAUAGAUUCUGCAUUUCUCAAGGCGUGCAUGUCAACAUAUCAGCGGAAGACGCAUUGUCAUGCAGUGAAGAUAUGCAGAAGAACGGUUGUGCUGGCGGCAGGCCUUCCAUUGCCCUGGACAGCUGGUCAAAACAGGGUCUUGUGACCGGCGGGGCCUUUAACAGUAACGCCGGUUGCAGACCCUACCCCUAUAAGCCAUGUGACCACCAUGAAAAGGGGACCUAUGGCCCAUGCACAGCCCCACCUUCCUUGACGUUCUGUGACAAGAUCUGUCGGGCUGGCUACCCGAAGGAGUACAAUCAGGACAAACACUAUGGAUCCGUCUACUCUGUGGACCACUCCGAGGAGAGCAUUCAAAAAGAAAUCAUGACAAAUGGAUCUGUGACGACAUACAUAGUCGUUUACCAGGAUUUCCCCAUCUAUCGAUCAGGCGUUUACAGGCACACAUCAGAUAAAGCUAUUGGCAGAAGCGCCCUCAAGAUACUUGGCUGGGGUGACGAGGGUGAUCAGAAGUAUUGGCUGUGUGCCAACUCUUGGAAUACUGAGUGGGGUGACAAAGGAUUCAUCAAGAUCCUGCGAGGUAUUAAUGAAUGCCAGAUAGAGGAAACUGUGAUGGCAGGAACACCACAGAAACCUGGGACCUGGUAGAAACCAACAAGACAUGCUAGCCAGGAAUUACGAACAAAGACUACUACGAGACAAACUCUCCCAAUUUCAAUUAGCACAUGUUAAAGAACUGAUCCGUUAAAUACACCGUAUUCAUUGCAUUUUUGCGGUCAACUUAUGUUGAAUUCCUUAGAUAUGGGCACAAUUAGCUCUCGAACAAAGUUGCAGAGGGGUCGUCAACUUCGAUUUUUUUUAAACUUAAAAAAAAGAUGAUUUAUGAAUCAACACAUUUCUAUUCAUUGUUGCGACUGCUAUUACUUCUUAUUUGCUCCAACAAACAUUCCCACUGUUAACCAUUAAGAGUCAUGAUGAGUGUCAUUUGUGAACAAGGUGGGAAAAAGUCAUCAGUUAUGUCUUUUUUUGUGUGUUCUGGACUAACAACGG